AUGUCGCAGCUGCUCGCCCCGCUGCUUUUUCUCCUUGUGUUGGUUCCACCUGUGGUUCCUCUCUUCUGCUACACAUGUGUGUUUCCUGCCAUCUCUCCACUGGACUGCAUCCGCUUUCCUCUCUUGUGUCCCGCCGGACAAGUUUGUCUGUUUAGCAAAGCUGUGGGCCAGAAGGGAGAAUCCUGUGUAGUCCUGUAUGAGAGAAGCUGCGUUGUGCCCCCCCUUUGCGGUGUGACGGCCCACCGGUCCAUCAUGGGACUCAACUUCACCUUCACCAACGAAUGUUGCAACACGCACCUCUGCAACGGAGCCACUGCUACUUCCGCAUCCACUUACAGCGCCACCUUGUGGUCCCCCCGUGUGGUCCGAGUGAAGCUUCGUUAG